GCAGAUUAGCAAAGAGAUAAGCACAAAUCCAUCUUAAUCUUUUUAUCACAAUCCAAUAUCCAAAACCCGUUACUUUAAAUGAUCAACUCUGUGAGAAAUUGAAAUAUAGAAUUACAGGGCAGUGGGUUGAUAAAGAAGAAGAGGAAAUCAGAGCAGAGAUGGCUGAAUUGGAAGCGGAUAAGAAGAAGGAAGCUGUGUGUGUGACAGGAGCCAAUGGCUUCAUUGGGUCUUGGUUGGUUCGGACCCUGGUGGAGCAUGGCUACACCACCAUCCACGCCUCCAUCUUCCCCGGCUCCGACGCCUCGCACCUCUUCUCUCUCCCGGGCGCCGCCGCCGCCGAUAUCGUCGUGUACGAGGCUGACCUCCUCGACGCCGAAGCGGUGGCCAGGGCGGUGGAGGGCUGCACCGGGGUGUUCCACGUGGCGUCUCCCUGCAGUCUCGAGGACCCUAAGGAUCCUGAGAAGGAGCUGCUAAUGCCGGCGGUGGAAGGGACAAAGAAUGUUCUGGAAGCUGCUAGAAGGUUUCAGGUGAGGCGCGUGGUGCUCACCUCAUCCAUUUCGGCCUUGGUCCCCAACCCCUCUUGGCCUCCCAACAUUCCCUUCAACGAGACCUCCUGGACUGACCUCCAUUACUGCAAAUCUCGCCAGAAAUGGUAUCCAGUGUCGAAGACGCUAGCAGAAAAAGCAGCAUGGGAAUUUGCAGGGAAACAUGGAAUAGAUGUAGUGGCUAUCCAUCCAGCCACAUGUCUCGGUGAACUGCUACAACCAAGAUUGAAUGCGAGCUGUGCUGUAUUGCAGCAGCUGCUCCAAGGAUCAACAGAAACUCAGGAAUAUCACUGGCUGGGGGCUGUGCAUGUUAAAGAUGUAGCGAAGGCACAAGUAUUGCUAUUUGAGACUCCUGCUGCUUCUGGUAGAUAUCUCUGCACCGAUGGUAUCUAUCAGUUUGCCGAUUUUGCUGAGAGAGUCUCCAAACUCUUCCCAGAGUUUCCAGUUCACAGAUUUAUUGGAGAAACCCAACCAGGCAUGAUGGCUUGCAAAGAUGCGGCAAAAAGAUUGAUUGAUCUGGGACUAGUCUUUACACCAGUUGAAGAUGCUGUUAAGGAUGCAGUGGAGAGCUUGAAAGCAAAAGGCUUCCUGGAGCAGGGAAAGAAGCAAUCUUAGAUCCUUUUAGAGUUGGAACUUCUUUUUCUUUUUAAAUUGGUUAGUAAUAAUGAUGAAGAAAAUAAAAUGUCUUUUUUCUUUUGUUAUUAUUACUGUCAUUAUUUUCUUUGGUACAAAAGUAACUUUAAAACUAGAAUUUGAAUGUAAAUAUUUAUGGUAAGAGUUUUAAUAUUCUAUCAUAUUAUUACGAUAUGAAACA